AUGUUCAAAUUGGUGGUGUUGUCCGCUCUUCUGGCCGUCGUUGCCGCCGCUCCAGGUCUCUACACCGCUCCUCUGGCGUACAGCGCUGCUGUCGUUGGAAGCGUACCAACUUCCGUCAGCCAUCAAAGCAGAGGUAGUCCACAGCGCGCUUUGACGCUCCAUUGUCCACACCGCUCGUUGCUUCUCGCGCCAUCCGUCUCUGCUUACUCCGCUCCAGUAGUUUCGCUUACUCUGCUCCAUAGUAGCUGCCCAUGCUGCUCCAAUCGUAGCCGCUCAGCUGUAGGGUUCAUGGUUACCACGGUCUUCACGGAGCUUCGACACAGACAACACAGACCUCAAACAAUCAAUAUGUUCAAAUUGGUGGUGUUGUCCGCUCUUCUGGCCGUAGUUGCCGCCGCUCCAGGCUUUACACCGCUCCAUUGGCUUACAAUGCUGCUGUUGUUGGAAGCGUACCAACUUCCGUCAGCCAUCAAAGAGCAGCGUAGUCCACAGCGCGCUUUGAGUCUUUACGCUCCAGUUGUUCACAGCGCCCCAGUUGUCUCUGCUUACUCCGCUCCAGUUGUGUCUGCUUACUCCGCUCCAGUUUUGUCCGCUUACUCUGCUCCAGUAGUAGCUGCUCACUCCGCUCAAAUCGUAGGUGCCCCAGCUGUCGGAUACCACGGUGUUCAUGGAACCGUUGUUACUAAACUUGAUUAUGAUGAAUAA